AUGUCUCUUUGAGGCGGGGCCGUUGCAUCGGAAGUGGCGGCGUCCGAGCUGGAUGCUGUUUUCUCUGGGGCCAUGGAGGGGAAGUCGAAAGUGGCCCCGAGCGUGGAUUUCGACCACAGUUGCUCGGAUAGUGUCGAGUAUUUGACGCUAAAUUUCGGACCUUUCGAGACGGUGCACCGCUGGAGGAGGCUGCCGCCCUGCGAUGAGUUUGUGGGGGCCAGACGAAGCAAGCAUACUGUUGUGGCCUAUAAGGAUGCAAUCUAUGUGUUCGGAGGGGACAAUGGGAAGAAUAUGUUAAAUGACCUGUUAAGAUUUGACGUGAAGGACUGCUCUUGGUGCAGGGCUUUCACAACAGGAACUCCACCUGCACCUAGGUACCAUCACUCAGCUGUCGUGUAUGGAAGCAGCAUGUUUGUGUUUGGUGGCUACACUGGAGACAUUUAUUCCAACUCCAACCUGCAGAACAAGAAUGAUCUGUUUGAGUACAAGUUUGCCACAGGCCAGUGGACAGAAUGGAAAGUAGAGGGCAGGUUGCCAGUUGCUAGGUCAGCACACGGAGCCACGGUUUAUAGCGACAAACUCUGGAUAUUUGCGGGCUACGAUGGUAAUGCCAGGCUGAAUGACAUGUGGACCAUUGGCCUGCAGGACAGAGAGAUGGCAUGCUGGGAUGAGAUAGAGCAAAGUGGAGAGAUCCCUCCUUCAUGCUGUAACUUUCCUGUGGCUGUCUGCAAGGACAAGAUGUUUGUUUUCUCAGGACAGAGUGGAGCAAAGAUCACUAAUAAUCUUUUUCAAUUUGAAUUCAAGGAAAAAGUUUGGACAAGAAUUCCUACUGAGCACUUACUCCGAGGCUCCCCUGCCCCACCUCAAAGAAGAUAUGGCCACACCAUGGUUGCAUUUGACCGACAUCUGUAUGUGUUCGGUGGUGCUGCAGAUAACACUUUGCCUAAUGAGUUACAUUGCUAUGAUGUAGACUCUCAGACAUGGGAGGUUAUUCAGCCCAGCCCAGACAGUGAGGGAAGCAACUUGUACACAGAGGCAACUUAUGAUCCAGAUUUUAUGAUGCCCAGUGGAAGACUUUUCCAUGCUGCAGCAGUUAUUUCUGAUGCUAUGUAUAUCUUUGGUGGGACAGUGGACAACAAUGUAAGAAGUGGAGAGAUGUAUCGGUUUCAGUUUUCCUGUUAUCCAAAAUGCACUUUACAUGAAGACUAUGGGAGACUGUGGGAGAACAGGCAGUUCUGUGAUGUGGAAUUCAUCCUAGGAGAGAAAGAAGAGAGAGUUAAAGGGCAUAUAGCAAUGGUCACAGCUCGAAGCAAAUGGUUAAGAAAGAAGAUUAUCCAGGCCAGAGAUCGGCUAAAGCAGAAAACCAAGCAGGAGAUGGCAGUUGGAGAAGAAAUAGCAAGCACUAACGUGAAACCAGCAAAUUCCCAGCUUCAGCUGGAGGUGGUGAUCCGUGAAGCUGAGGCACAACCAUUUGAGAUCCUGAUGCAGUUUCUCUACACUGACAAAAUCAAGUACCCACGGAAAGGUCACGUGCAGGAUGUCUUGCUGAUAAUGGAUGUUUACAAGCUUGCCUUGAGCUUUCACCUGGCUCGGCUAGAACAGCUGUGCCUGCAGUACAUUGAGGCUUCCGUAGACCUUCAGAACGUGCUCACUGUAUGUGAGAAUGCCAAUAAACUACAGCUGGACCAACUAAAGGAAUACUGCCUAAAUUUUGUGGUCAAAGAAUCGCACUUUAACCAAGUGAUAAUGACCAAAGAGUUUGAGUAUCUUUCCCCCUGCUUAAUUGUGGAGAUUGUAAGAAGAAAGCAUCAGCCUCCGACACGGGUAAAUUCCGAUCAGCCUGUUGAUAUAGGCACAUCUUUGGUUCAGGAUAUGAAGAACUAUCUGGAGGGAGCAGGCAUGGAAUUCUGCGAUAUAACCCUGCUGUUGGAUGGUCAUCCCAGACCAGCCCACAAAGCAAUCCUAGCAGCCCGUUCCAGUUACUUUGAAGCUAUGUUCCGAUCUUUUAUGCCUGAAGAUGGACAAGUUAAUAUCUCCAUUGGUGAAAUGGUGCCAAGUCGACAAGCUUUCGAGUCACUCCUUCGAUAUGUGUACUAUGGUGAAGUCAACAUGCCUCCAGAAGAUUCAUUAUAUUUGUUUUCAGCACCUUAUUAUUAUGGCUUCACAAACAACAGACUGCAAGCAUACUGUAAGCAGAACCUGGAGAUGAAUGUAACAGUGGAAAAUGUUUUGCAGAUUCUGGAAGCAGCUGAUAAGACUCAGGCUUUAGACAUGAAGAAACACUGCCUCCACAUCAUUGUACAUCAUUUCACCAAGGUCUCCAAGUUGCCCAACCUACGAUCCCUAAGUCAAGCACUACUUCUAGACAUCAUCGAGUCAUUAGCCAAUCAUAUUUCAGACAAGCAGUGUGCAGAGCUGGGCUCAGAUAUGUGACAAUUAAUCUUAAACAUUAAUUCUCAAAUUGUUUUAGAAACUUCGCUCUCUUGUGAUUCAGACUUGUAGUAUUUAUUAUAAAUAUUUAAAUAAAAUUAUUUUAAGUAGGACCAUUAAAGAUAUUAAGUUCAACAAUUUAAAGUUAGCGUUUGAGUCAGGUCUUUGGCUGGUGAUAAUGGCUGGAUAAGUAAACUAAGUGUUCCACCUUCUUGUUUGCUGGUUCGAACACAAUAAAGGUGCAAAGUAGCUACUUUUUUAAGAAAACUAAAAUGACAUGGAGAAAUUAUCAUCCUUCACUUGUAAGAGGACUUACACAAUUAAGUCAUGAAAUGUUUUAAAAAUAAACCUUCUUUAGCACUUGUUAAUUUCUGUGCUACAAAGUAAUUAUUUAGCAAGAUUAUUUCACUUGGUCAUAUAUAUUCUUAUAUUCUCUUUUUUCUCAACUUCUAGAACUGGCAAAAAAAAAUUCUAAAAUUAGAAUGAAUAAGACUGACAUUCCAAGGUGCAUUCAAUUGUCACAGAGGUAUCAGUCUCAAGGCCUGGUAGCUUUGAGUUUCUCUAGUUCUCUGCUUAUUGUCAGGUGAUUAUCUGAAGAUGCAAACAGAUUCCAGGAUUUUAACUGAAGCACUUUCAACAAUGUCAGCCAGAAUGUUAGUUGAUUAAUACUGUGCAAGUGGUUUAGUUUAAUGGGAUCUGAUGUCAAAAAAAUGCCACUUGGUUCUCACCAGGCUUCUCGAUUGGCAACCUUUUGUACAAAACUUGAAUGAGCCAUGACAUUCAUUAUCAUGACUGUUGUAACAAUGUUUACAGGAAUUGUAUAAAGAUGUGUUCAUAUGUAAUGUGAUGUCUGGUGUUCUGAAAGUGUGAAACAAAUUGCAUGAUUUCAUUAAUUUUACACAUGUAAAAAUCUGAAAAUAGGAUCAUUAAUGCGGAUUAGGUUGGAGGUUUCAUGUCCUAUCCUGGUGGCAAAUUGCAUUGAUUCGUCCCCUGGCUGCUAUUUCUGUUGCUGUUUUGCAUUGCAUCUUGGUCAUGUUCAGAAGACUUAAUAUAAAGCAUCAUUUUACUGUUGAAUAUGUGAAAAUUUAUACAAAGAGGUUUCUUUAUAACCCAUCUGUUAGAGGUGAAGCAUAAUCUUUGUCGAAGAUCCUUCAUUUUAAAAAAAUAUGCAAAUAAACACUUGUAUAAACACUUGUAGCAGAUUUGGAAAGGUUGUACGGUUCACUUGUUCAUUAAGCUGUACCACCUGCUUCUGAGGCUAACUAAAAUUCCCAAGUUUUAAUUCAC